AAGAGCUCCACCCUCAUGCAUUUGUAUAUUCUCCAGUACUCUCUCUCUCUCUCUCUCUCGCUCUCGAGUUUGCUACAAUGGGAAACCCUGAAGCAGACUCUUCUAAUUACCAGCAAGACCAAGCAGAUUGCAAUGUCCAAAUUCAGUAUAAUGUCCAGGUUUCAUACGAUGAUAACAGCAACAGCAACAGCAACAGCAACAACCCAGCUUACUACAAUCCGAACCCACAACCCGACCAGCUGUAUCUGCCCCUCCAAUCCGGAGGCAACAACGACGGCCCGAAUCUACAAUACCAGCAGAACGACGCUGCAAAUGACCCGCAGCAGCAGCAGCAGCAGCAGCAACAGUUCCAACCACCUCAGCAGCAACAGCAGUUUGGCCUAGCGCAGAAUGCACCGCCACCGCCGCAAUUCAACCAGGCCUAUGCCACGGUACCGCCCCCUCAGCCUGUGGCGCAGUUCCCGCCUCAAAGCCCUCAAUUGAACCCAGCCUAUGAAAAUCAAGGGGCUUAUCCACCGCAGCAGCAGCCAUCCUACCCUCCGAUGGCGGCGGCACCUCAACAAUACCCUCCUCAACAGCAACCACAAUCGGCUGCUCAGCCAGUGCAGUUCCCACCGCCGAAGGCAUACCCUCCAAACUUGCCACCACCGAAGCCGUAUCCUCCUCCCCAAGCUUAUCAACAACAGUCGGCUGCUCAGCCUGUGCAGUUCCCACCACCGGCAGGCGGGGGAGUGCAGUACGCCGCGGUGCCACCUUCGCCGAUCAAGCCGGGAGUCCAGGGACACAACGGCACGGCUCAGGGCAUUCCAAUGCAGGCGAACAUGAUGGGCAACGUCAACACCGAAGGAUGGACAACAGGGCUGUUUGAUUGCAUGGACGACCCCUUAAACGCUGUUAUAACGUGCCUCUUCCCAUGCUUGACGUUCGGCCAGGUCGCAGAGCUCAUAGACAACGGCACAACCACUUGUGCGACGGCUGGAAUGAUGUACGCGCUGAUCGGCUGCUUCAUCGGGUUGCCAUGCAUCUACUCAUGCACGUUCCGAUCGAAGCUCAGGAGCAAGUUUGGGCUGGUGGAGUCGCCUGCUCCGGAUUGGAUCGUCCACUUCCUGUGCGAGCCCUGUGCUCUUUGCCAAGAGUACAGAGAACUUAAUCGCCGAGGCUGGGAUCCCGCCAUUGGAUGGGUGGGCAACGUUCAGAGACAACAGCAGAUGCAGCAGCAGCAGGUUGCCAUGAUGCCGCCCAUGAGUCAAACAAUGAUGGCUUGAUGAGUUGUGUUGAAUGCGUUCAUGUCCAAAAUUCUUGUGUCAUCUUUUUGAGUUCCUUUGAUUUUAAUGUUGUCCUACUGAAAAAUGUUGCUAAGAAUUG